UGUGUAAGUACGUUGCCGUGGAGCUGAAGUCAGCUUUUGAGGAAACCGGCAAGACCAAGGAGGUGAUCGACACAGGCUAUGGCAUCCUGGACCGGAAGGCUUCCGGAGUCAAAUACACCAAGUCGGACUUACGCUUAAUCGAAGUCACUGAGACCAUCUGCAAGAGGCUCCUGGACUAUAGCCUGCACAAGGAGAGGACCGGCAGCAACCGGUUUGCCAAGGGUAUGUCUGAGACCUUUGAGACAUUGCACAACCUGGUCCACAAAGGGGUCAAGGUGGUGAUGGAUAUCCCCUACGAGCUGUGGAAUGAGACUUCUGCAGAGGUGGCUGACCUUAAGAAGCAGUGCGACGUGCUGGUGGAAGAGUUUGAGGAGGUGAUCGAGGACUGGUACAGGAACCACCAGGAGGAAGACCUGACUCAGUUCCUCUGCGCCAACCAUGUGCUGAAGGGCAAGGACACCAGUUGCCUCGCAGAGCAGUGGUCCGGCAAGAAGGGGGACACAGCCGCCCUGGGUGGGAAGAAGUCUAAAAAGAAGAGCAGCAAGGUCAAGGCCUCGGGCAGUGGCAGCAAACAGAGGAAGGAGCUAGGCCUCGGAGAAGACCCCAGCUCUGACGAGGAUGAGGGCAUCCAGAAGGCAUCCCCCCUCACACACAGCCCCCCGGAUGAGCUUUGAGCCUAACCCAGCACCCCCUGUACCGCGACCCCCGACCUGGAAGCUGAGGAAUCGGGCACAGCUCUGGCGGGCAGGCGGGCGGCUGUCCCGCUCCAGGUCCUCCCUGCCGCGCCGGCUUCCUGCCGGGAAAGACACAGGCCCAGGGGAGAGCUGAGACCCGCUGCGGCAGCCUGCCGACCUCCCCCCUCUGCCAGGCGGCUCUUCUGCGCCAGGCUUCGGGCGGGCCGAGCGGUUUCACGCCUGCCGAGGACUCCAGUACGAACUCCGGAGGGGCAGGUGUGGGGAGGGCGCCCGGCCUUCACCUCCCCUCACUCCUUCCCAGCUGGGAAGCAAGACUACCAGCCACCCCACCCCUGCUCACCCCCUCCUGCGGACACCUUGCACUCUGCCCGGCCCUCCCCAGGGCUCACAGAGUAAAAACCUUUUGGCCUUUUUUGUUCUGA